AUGGAGCCCAAGAACAUCUCAAAGGCCGACAAGAUUGACGAUGCCAGAGACAUUUCCCAAAACAAAAAGCCUGAGAAGAGCGAGGCCCAUAGACUCAGCAUCCACAAUACAGUCACAAUGCCUCGUGAGCUCACAAUCCAAGAGGACCCGACAGAGCCAUCGUGCUUGACCUCGCCUGGACUCGAAGCUCGGGCAGGAUACCUGUCGGAACGCCAAGCGCCAUCGCAAGCCUCACAGAGCGUGCAGCCAGAAAGCUCAUCACAAAGCUCGGUUCAUGGCGAAGGUUCGGACCAAGAACAAGACCACACUCCACCCCUCCGCCUCCCACCUCAUGUGCCAGAGCCCGACUCACUGGCCACCGAUCGCCCUGACCUCGUGCGGAGCUCAAACGAGGAAGCAUCCUCCCCACCACGAUCGCCACCCCAGGGAGCACCAGACAUCCCUUCUAUCUCCUCUCCGAUUCGCCUCUCGCAGCGAGGUGAGAGUGACCAAGAUGACACUCCGACAAGCACUCACAUCGAGUUCACUCCGGAGGGGGAAAUUGACCCCGACUUCAUGAGGGCAGAGAUGCAGGAUUGGGACGCCAAUCCCUUCAAUCCAAAGAACUCCCCUGGUGGCACCUAA